CCGGACCGGUCUCUCUCACUCUUUUUUGUUCUCUCUUCUGAUACAGAGGAAAAGGAAAAGAGAACCCAAAAAACUCUCUCUCUCUCUCUCUGGGUGUGUCUCUCUGUUUGGAACAGUACGAGGAGCUUCAGAGGCUAACAGGAUGAAGUAGAUAUUGGGUGUUUACAAAGAUAAUCUAGUGGGUUUCAUAUUGGAAGUCCUGGGGAUUGGGAGUUGGUAUUUUGCGUUCAAAGUUUGGAUAUUGAUCAGAGAGUGAAGAGUGGUGAAGGCAACGCUAACUGGGUGCUGAAUGGGAAUGUUUGAAGAAAUGGGGUUUUUUGGUAAUCUUGAAUUUCUUUCGGCUCCUCCUGGGGAAGGGGAAGCAGUUCCUGAGCAUGAACCAGAGGCGACAAUGGAGGAUUAUAGUGAUGAUGAGAUGGACGUUGAUGAGCUUGAGAGGAGGAUGUGGAGAGACCGGCUGCUAUUGAGACGCCUCAAAGAACAGAGUAAGGAAAAGGAGGGAACUGACAAUGCAAAGCAGCGUCAAUCCCAGGAGCAAGCCCGGAGGAAGAAGAUGUCUCGUGCACAAGAUGGUAUCCUGAAAUAUAUGCUGAAAAUGAUGGAAGUUUGUAAAGCUCAAGGUUUUGUGUAUGGGAUUAUUCCUGAGAAGGGCAAGCCGGUGAGUGGAGCCUCUGACAAUCUGCGAGCAUGGUGGAAAGAAAAGGUCCGGUUUGAUCGUAAUGGUCCUGCUGCAAUUGCCAAGUAUCAGGCGGAUCAUUCAAGCCUUGGAAAGAAUGAAGACUGCAGUGCAGUGGCAUCCACUCCUCACACCUUGCAGGAGCUCCAGGACACCACUCUUGGAUCACUAUUGUCUGCUUUGAUGCAGCACUGUGAUCCGCCUCAGCGGCGUUUCCCAUUAGAGAAGGGUUUUGCGCCGCCGUGGUGGCCAACCGGGAAUGAGGAAUGGUGGCCUCAAUUGGGCUUGCCUAAAGAUCAGGGGCCUCCCCCUUAUAAGAAGCCUCAUGAUCUGAAGAAGGCUUGGAAGGUGAGUGUUCUCACUGCUGUAAUUAAGCACAUGUCCCCUGAUAUUGCCAAGAUCCGGAAGCUUGUUCGUCAGUCAAAAUGCUUGCAAGACAAGAUGACUGCCAAGGAGAGCGCGACUUGGCUUGCCAUUAUAAACCAGGAAGAAGCGCUGGCUCGAAAAUUGUAUCCUGAUAGAUGUCCGCCUCUGUCAGCUGGUGGGAGUGGAUCUUACAUAAUCAGUGAUGCUACAGAUUAUGAUGUUGAAGGAGUGGAUGAUGAAGAAAAUGUUGAAGCAGAGGACUGCAAGCCCCGUGAAGUUGAUCUCAUCAAUUUGGGAGCUGCUGGACCAAGAGAUCAUAGGUUUAUGAUGCCCCCAGCGGAUCCUCAAAUUAAGGGAGAGCUCAUUGAGAUUGACUCAGAUUUCACUCAAAAGAGGAAGCAACUGGCUGACGAUCAUCCACCAAUGAUGAUGGAUCAAAACAUAUAUACUUGUGAGUACUCUCGAUGCCCAUACAACGAUUACCGCCUCGGGUUUCUUGACAGGAAUUCGAGAAACAAUCACCAAAUGAAUUGUCCGUACCAAAGUUCUAACUCUUCCCAAGUGUUUGGAAUGCCGAACUCUCAAAUCAAUGAUGAAAAGGCAACAGUUUUCUCUCUACGCUUCGCUCAACCUAAGCCAGCCUAUGUUUCAGGACUUGGACUUCCGGAAGAUGGGCAGAAGAUGAUUUCUGAGCUUAUGUCAUUCUAUGAUACUAAUCUUCAGAGUGACAAAAGCAUGAGUCCUGGGAACCUCAAGGCUGCUGAAGACCACAACCAGCAGCAGCAGCAGCAGCAGCAAAAAUUUCGACUUCAGAUGGAUGAUAAUAACUAUUACAGCCAGGGGGUUAUCAUGGGAGGCAACAACAUGUCUGCUGCAGAAACCAAUAUGUCCAUGCACCAAACCGUGCUUCCAACAACAGAAAUUCAGUUUGAUCAGCCAUUUGAUAACAAUCCCACUGAUAAUAUAGUGGACUUCAGGUUCAGCUCUCCAUUUAACCUGGGAUCUGUUGAUUAUGCAGUAGACUCUUUGCCAAAGCAAGAUAUCCCCCCCCUGUGGUACCUUUGAAAAAAAAAAAAGGCAGAAAUUCUAUCUUAGGCUUUCUCUUGUUGACAAGGCUAAUAGAUUGGGAAAGCUGGAUGUUGAAGGGCGCAAACUAAUUUAUUCUGAGUUCUGCGCUGGAUCCAAUAGAGCUUCUUGGAUCCUUUCUGAUCAUGAACCUAGUUUUGUAAUAUAUAAGCUUGUUUAUUAGAUGUUUUAACCCACAUGAUUCCAUGAACUUGGGCAAGUCGUGCGAGUCUAGGGCCUUAGGAUGCUUUCAUUGCAGUACUGAAGGGCCAAUAAAGAAACUGUGAAGGAUUAGUCCGAUGUUGUUGUGUACUGCCAUUGAAAUGUUUAGAAGCAUGAGCAUCUUCUUCCUGUUGCAACCAUGUUAUAUAAUAUACACAUAUACAGCUUGUUUUAA